CUGUCACCAUAGAUAAUCCCUAGCCCCACUAUGUUGUCAUUAUGGAGUGUAGAGGAGUAACAUCUCUUAUGGACACUCCAUAGUUGUCAUAUUGAAAAUAAACAAACUAUGGAUAAUCUACAGAAAUAUAAGUCGUCCGUAAGCAUUGCUAAAAACCCUACAAUAGUUAACGACGAAGUAUUCAAAAAGUUAAUAGAAAAUUGCUUUCAUGUUUUGACGGAAAAAAAGGAAAUACACAGUGCAAGUGGUAUACACAACUCCAAACCAGACUUGAUAACAGAAUUGUAUGCUUCUUUAUUAUCAAUAACGAGUGAAUUUGCCCGACGAAGUAGCAGUAAAGAAGAGAUAUUUGCAUUUUUACAAGAAGAAUGUGGUUUAUCUUCUCAGAGAGCUAAUAUUUAUUAUGACUAUUUUGACAAAAAUAAACAAAGAUUAGAAAUAUCUUUGUUGAGUAUAGGAAACUAUUUACCUCAUCUAAUAGACGUUAAGUGGAAAAUAGACUAUAUAGUUAAAUCGAGUGAAGUUGAUGCUUCAGAAGGACCCCUUUUCAGAAUAUGCUUAAUCGGACAGCAGUAUGAUUCAGCAGUAGAUGAAAAAGUUUUAACAAAUUAUCACUUUACUUGCAACUCUGUUGAAUUAUUAGAUCUUAUUCAUAAAUUGAAAGAUGCCGCGAGGCAUUGUAAUACAGUAACUCAAAGGCUUUUUUAAAUACAUAUAUUUGUGUUAUAAAUAUUUAAAUCUAAUUUUGAUUAUUAAAUACGGGGUUUUUCUCAAAAAUAUCAAAAUAAAUACAGCCAAUGACAAAAUAUAACUGUAGUUUUGGAUUAGGGUACACAUUGCACAUUUAUUUCCGCCAUCUUCUCCUGUUCUGUGCCACUAUCAUCUUUUGAUUUAUUGUCUAUUACCUCUGUAUUUCCUUUAUCUGUUAUUUGUUCCUUCCAUGUUUCUUUGUCUGACCCUCUUAGUUUCCAUAUUUGUUUUGUUAAUCUAUCUUGUUCCAUCCUUAUUAAAUGUCCAAACCAGUUUAAGGUUCUCUCUUAUAAUUUCAUUCUAUCCAUCCUAAUUAUUCUUUCUAUUUUUCAUAAAUACUUUAUCUUAAUUGCGUUUACUAUCUAUUCUAUUAUUAAUUACCCACUUAAAAUCUCGUAUGAACUAGAGACAUGAAUAAUGUGUCAAGCUCUUACUUCAUACAGAACACAUUCUGUACAAUACUGAAGAUGAACUGUUUACAGAAGAUGGUAACUUGGUAAGA